AGACUGACUAGGCAUACAGAUCCCACCCAGUGACAGUCUUCCCCACAAUGAUGAAGCUUUUGAAGAUCCUCCCUUGGCGUCGUGCUGUUCUGGCAGUGGUCCUGAACCUGCUGGCUCUCAGCCUUUCCACCACAGCCCUGCUGGGCAGUUAUUGGUGUGUGGGGACACAGAAAGUCCCCAAGCCUUUGUGCGGGAAGACUAAGAACACCAAGUGCAUCGGUGCCCCCAUGCCUCCUGACGGAGGGGCCAGCAAUUCCUCUGCACCCUCCCAAGAUGUGGUGCACUAUAGCUGGGAGACCGGGGACGAUCGCUUUGCCUUCCGGUACUUCCACACAGGCAUGUGGCUUUCCUGUGAGGAGAACAUCGAAGGCUCAGAUGAGAAAUGUCGCAGUUUCAUUGAACUUUCACCUCCAGCAGAGAGAGGCAUCCUCUGGUUGUCGCUUGGAUCAGAGAUGAUUUACAUAAGCUUGCUGCUCAUUAGUUUCAUCCUCCUGCUGGUGGAGAUGUUGUACACAGGGAACCCAGUUUGUGGGCUGAAGCUCAAUGCCUUUGCUGCUGUCUCCUCUGUCUUGUCAGGCCUCCUGGGGAUGGUGGCUCACAUGAUGUACAGCCAAGUUUUCCAGGCAACUGUUAACAUGGGGCCAGAGGACUGGAGACCGCACUCAUGGGACUAUGGUUGGGCCUUCUAUAUGGCCUGGGCCUCCUUUACUUGCUGCAUGGCCUCUGCCGUCACCACCCUGAACACGUACACCAAAACAGUGCUGGAGUUCAAGCGCAACCACCAGAAAGGCUGCGACGGGAGCCUCGUGUUAGACCAGUCCCAGCACCACCAGUGCUUCUUCCCGCCUCAGUACCAACAGCGAGAGCCACUGGGCGGCUUCUACCCGCACCGAGAAAAGCUGCUCCACUCCGUCUCCGAAGGAGUCGACUUCUACUCGGAGCUGCAAAAGAAGGUGCUGCAGAGGGAGCCUGACCUAGAGAUGAACGAGGUCCUGGGGAAAUCUGGCGGGGAGGAUCCCUGCUAGGAUGGGGAGAGAGAGGGCUCAGUGGGACAGUCAAAAAAGAGAGAGCUCUAAACCAAGCUUUAGCCUCUUCCCCUCGAAGUUCUCGCUUCUUUUCAUUUGCUCUGCUGGGGAAUUCAAUGUGGGUGGGAGUUAGGCAGUCACUGACAUGGACGCAUCUGACCAUAGGAACCUGCCUCUUUCCAUCUUGCUCAGCGCUGUCUGCACACACUGGCUGGCAGCAGCUCUCCAGGGUUUCAAAUAAGGGUAUUUCCCAAAGGUACCUGGGGGUGCCAGGGACUGAGACUGGGCCCAUCUGUCUGUGCUCUGCCACUAUGAGCCAGAUAUGAAAUGGGAUGUUAUUCAGGCCUUCACAUUGGGACUGGGUUUUAAAAUACAUGAAUAGCCAUGGAGGGGAAUCAAAUGGGGACCAUGAUUUAGGGGAA